CUUCCGUUCAUUUGUCCCACAAACCCUCAGUUAGGCUGCGUGUCCAGGACUUUGCUCAAGACUGGGGUAAAUAGACCCAUGCCUUCGUUUACUUUAGAGCCAAUUUAUUUAACAUCAGCUAUGUAACUCACUUAAAAUCUCUGAGCCUAAGGUUACCUGUCUGGGAACCGGGCAUAACAAUCCCAGCUGUCAAGGUUACCGUGGAGAAAGCCACUGAGGCAAGUGACGGGCACACCCCCACUGCCAAGGGCAGCGGCCGUGAGCGGGCAGUGGGUUUCUGCAGCGCGAAGAGGGAUGCAAUUCAUCGGUCAUCUGACAAAGCUUGCCAAGCACCUGCUCUGUGCUCAACCCUUCUAAGUGCUCUCCUGCCUACGUGCGACCCGAGAUGAGCCCCUUCUGCUGUUACGCACUCCUCAGUGUCCGUGGCCAGAGACUGCUCUCCCCUCCGCAGGAUAAAAAGGAGAUCUGAGCUCUGCUCCCUAAUCAGCUGUUGUAAUGAAGCCGACGCCUCAGUCUACGGUUCCCAGGUCCCUGCUGCUUCCAGCCUCAGGAGGGCAGAGGUCACUGGCCCCGCAGCCGCCAACACCUUUCCAAGACCAGUCUGUUCCUCUACAAAUAACAGGGGCGCUACCGAGUGCUCACCAAACUGGAAAGUUCUGCAAGUCUGUGAAUGCUGGAGGCCAUGUUGGAGUGUGGGAACCCCGGGGGUCUGGAUCCCGUCUUCCCGGCCAGCCCUCAAAGCUGACGACCAGUGUGCUUCUGGCAGGCAGACGUCAUUCCCCUGUCGGCAGAGGACAUUCUGGCUGGAGAGGGGCUCACGCUGACACCAACUGCUUGGGUGAUGGAGGAGGGACACCGGGCCGUCUGCCAACUUCCGUCACGUGCCACCGAGUCCACGAACACCAAGUCCUGAUCCGCUGCUUCUGGUUGUGGAGCCUGGGUCGCCCUUCCUCAGUCUCCCCAUCUGUAAAAUGGGUGGACCAGCAGUGCCCCUCCGUCGGAUGGUGGGGAUUAACUGAGGCAAUAUUUGCGAAGAACCCAGGGACACGGAAGGGGGCACUCUGCCUCUAUUUACCAAAUAAAACAAAAGGUAGCCUCCGCUGGAGGAGAGACCAGACCCAGACCCAGAGGGUGAGUCACCCAGAGUUAGGGUACCUUUCACACAAUCCAGGACCCUGCCCCGGUCCUGGCUGGGGAAGAGCGAGGGUCCCCUUCCCGUCCAGGCUCAGCGUCAUGAGACCCAAGUUCCGUGUUUGGAUUACAGACGUGCGAAGAAUCUGGUCAACCGAGUGGUGCCGGUCAUCAGGCUCAGUGCUACAGGGCACCUGGUGUGGCCACCGCAGGACACACACCUGUGGACCCAGCCUUGUGUCUCCCCCUCAUCUGGGUCACGCAGCUUGAACCAGAGCUGGGGACGGAGCAGGAUUCGCUCACCUCGCACGGCCCUGCAGGAGUCACGCUGGGGCGCGAGCCAUAGCUGCGGGGUGCCUGAACUAUUGUUUACUUGAUUUAAAAUUAAAUUUAAAUUAAA